CAAGUUUUACUUCUCCCUAGAGCAGGGGUGUUUGCCAGCAGCCUGCACUCUCAGAAAUCAGACUUGAGUGGCCGGAACACUUGAGACCGGAGGCUUACCAUGCUGCUCCCUAGGAGGGCCAGGAACUGCUGAGGUGACCACCGGACAGUUAUUCGUGUCUCUUACAAUUACCAAACAGAAUGGACAAGCUUAAUAAAAUAACCGUCCCCGCCAGUCAGAAGUUGAGGCAGCUUCAAAAGAUGGUCCAUGAUAUUAAAAACAAUGAAGGUGGAAUAAUGAAUAAAAUCAAAAAGCUAAAAGUCAAAGCACCUCCAAGUGUUCCUCGAAGGGACUACGCUUCAGAGAGCCCCGCUGACGAAGAGGAGCAGUGGUCCGAUGACUUUGACAGCGACUAUGAAAAUCCAGAUGAGCACUCGGACUCAGAGAUGUACGUGAUGCCCGCCGAGGAGAACGCUGAUGACAGCUACGAGCCGCCUCCAGUAGAGCAGGAAACCAGGCCGGUUCACCCAGCCCUGCCCUUCGCCAGAGGCGAGUAUAUAGACAAUCGAUCAAGCCAGAGGCAUUCCCCACCCUUCAGCAAGACACUUCCCAGUAAGCCCAGCUGGCCUUCAGAGAAAGCAAGGCUCACCUCCACCCUGCCGGCCCUGACUGCUUUGCAGAAACCUCAAGUCCCACCCAAACCCAAAGGCCUCCUUGAGGAUGAGGCUGAUUAUGUGGUCCCCGUGGAAGAUAAUGAUGAAAACUAUAUUCAUCCCACAGAAAGCAGUUCACCUCCACCUGAAAAAGCUCCCAUAGUGAAUAGAUCAACCAAGCCAAAUUCCUCAACGCCCGCUUCUCCUCCAGGAACAGCUUCAGGUCGAAACAGUGGGGCCUGGGAAACCAAGUCACCUUCACCAGCUGCACCAUCUCCGUUGCCACGGGCCGGGAAAAAACCAACGACACCACUGAAGACAACUCCAGUUGCCUCUCAACAGAAUGCUUCAAGUGUUUGUGAAGAAAAACCUAUACCUGCUGAACGCCACCGAGGGUCAAGUCACAGACAAGAAGCUGUGCAGUCACCAGUGUUUCCUCCUGCCCAGAAACAAAUCCACCAAAAACCCAUACCUCUGCCAAGAUUUACAGAAGGGGGAAACCCAACUGUGGAUGGGCCCCUACCCAGCUUUUCAUCUAAUUCCACUAUUUCAGAACAGGAAGCUGGCGUUCUCUGCAAGCCAUGGUAUGCUGGAGCCUGUGAUCGAAAGUCUGCUGAAGAGGCAUUGCACAGAUCAAACAAGGAUGGAUCAUUUCUUAUUCGGAAAAGCUCUGGCCAUGAUUCCAAACAACCAUAUACACUAGUUGUAUUCUUUAAUAAGCGAGUAUAUAAUAUUCCUGUGCGAUUUAUUGAAGCAACGAAACAAUAUGCCUUGGGCAGAAAGAAAAAUGGUGAAGAGUACUUUGGAAGUGUUGCUGAAAUCAUCAAGAAUCAUCAACAUAGUCCUUUGGUUCUUAUUGACAGUCAGAAUAACACCAAAGAUUCCACCAGACUGAAGUAUGCAGUUAAAGUUUCAUAAAGGGAAAAAAAAGAUCAAUACCAUUGCUUCAGACACUUUCCCAAAGUUUCUCCUUUUGAGAAAAAGUCCCAAAACUUCAUAUUUUGGAUUAUGAAUCAUCCAGUAAUAAAAUGGAAGAUGGAGUCAGCUAUUGAAGUGGUCAUCCAUUUCUUUUUAAGAAGCUCAUGUGGACUUGUUCUACCUAUUGCCUGACCUGAUGAACUGUUAAUAUCUGGUGAGGUUGAGUUAUCAUGCUACUAAUAUUUUCCAAAUAAAUAUUUUUAUUUUUAAAAAUAAGUGUAAAGUAUAUUAUCAAAAUAAGAAAAUAAUGCUCUUGCAUAAAACAAAGUGGCUGGAAAUUUAAACCUCCACAAUGAUCAUUGGUACACUAAUGUAGCUGGGCUCUCCACUGCCAAUGCUUGACAAUUAAGUCUUGGUUAAAAUUUUAAUUUGUAGAAAAUAAGGUAUUAAAGGUAAUGUAUGAUAUCUGUAAGUAUAGGCAAGAAGGAUGUAAUGGUUCCUUUUUGUGAGCACUCUCAACCAUGCGAUAUAUAUAUGGAUAUGAACUUUCUGUAAGUUCUUGUCUAGGAGUAUGCUGUUAGUUUUGCUUACUAAAGAUAAUUAUACCCUCUUUGAUCUACAUGUCUAUCAAAUAGAACCUAAACUUGAUAUGAGGUUUGUAUUAGUCCAUUAUCACGCUGCUAAUAAAGACAUACUCGAGACUGGGUGAUUUACAAAAAAAAAAAAAAAAAAGAGGUUUAAUGGACUCACAGUUCCACAUGGCUGGGGAGGCCUCACAAUCAUGGCAGAAGGCGAAGAAGAAGCAAAGGUAUGUUUUACAUGGUGGCAGGCAAGAUAGCAUGUGCAGGGGAACUGCCCUUUAUAAAACCAUCAGAUCUCAUAAGACUUACUCACUAUCACAACAACAUGGGAAAACCUGCCCCCAUGAUUCAGUUACCUCCCACCAGGUCCCUCCCAUGGCACGUGGGGAUUAUGGGAGCUACAAUUCAAGAUGAGAUUUGGGUGAGGACACAGCCAAACCAUAUCAAGUUUCAAAGUGGAAUGACAGCAAAGCUAGACUAAAAGCCAGUUCCUAGAGAAAUAUCCCACAAAACAAGAGCAGAAAAGCAGACAUUGGUGAACGCCAAGGAAUAAAAGAGAUACCAUCGUGGAGAAUCAGGUCCAAGGUCUUAGAUCAUCCCAGAAAUGUAUCAUACUUUGUCAUAUAUUUCUACUGUGUACUUCAGACAGCAGUGAAAUGAUAAAGCAGCUAAUUAAGUCUAAUAAUUAAAUGGGGAACACACUUGGCCACUGCAUAAGAUAGCAAUCUAUGAAAGUAUGUUGAAAGGCCAGAAGGUAAUAAUUUCAGGGUAACUCAUGACUCACUUCUAAAGAUAAUUGUAUAUUUAAAUGUCAUAAGCUUUCAUAAUUGCCACCUAUGUUACAGAUUGAAUUGUGGUCCCCCCAAAAAGAUAUGUUGAAGUCCUAAUCCAUAAUGCCACAUAUCUCAGAAUGUGACUUUAUUUGGGAAUGAGGUCUUUACAGAUGUAGUCAAGGUAAGAUGAGGUCAGUAGGGUGGGCCUUAAUACAAUGGCUGGUGUCCUUAUAAAAUUAGGAAAUUUGGAUGCAGGCACAGAGAGAAGACUAUAUGAAGAGACACACAGGAAGAAUACUACUGGCGUGAUUCCAUCCUGUAUGGCUGUUCUCUUGAGCAGUGGUCGUUUAUCUCCGUCUGCUUUCUCUCCCACCAAAGUGUGUGCCGCCACCUGAUGGAAGAUUCGAUGGACAUGGACGUGAGCCCCCUGAGGCCCAGAACUAUCUUUUCAGUUGUGAACUAAAGGCUGACAAAGAUUAUCACUUUAAGGUGGAUAAUGAUGAAAAUGAGCACCAGUUAUCCUUAAGAAUGGCCAGUUUAGGGGCUGGUGCAAAGGAUGAAUUGCAUAUUGUUGAAGCAGAGGCAAUGAAUUAUGAAGGCAGUCCAAUUAAAUAACACUGGCACCUUUGAAAAUGUCUGUACAGCCAACAGUUUCCCUUGGGGUCUUUGAAAUAACACCACCAGUGCUUUUAUGGUUGAAGUGUGGUUCAGGGCCAGUACAUAUUAGUGGACAGCAUUUAGUAGCUGUGGAGGAAGAUGCAGAGUCAGAUGAAGAGGAGGAGGAUAUGAAACUCUUAAGGAUAUCUGGAAAGUGAUCUGUCCCUGGAGGUGGUAGCAAGAUUCCAGAGAAUAAAAGUAAAACUUGCUGCUGAUGAAGAUGAUGAUGAUGAUGAUGAUGAUGAUGAUGAUGAUGAUGAUUUUGAUGAUGAGGAAACUGAAGAAAAAGCACCAUUGAAGAAAUCUACAUACUCCAGCCAAAAAUGCACAAAAGUCAAAUCAGAAUGGAAAACACUCAAACCCAUCAUCAACACCAAGAUCAAAAGGACAAGAAUCCUUCAAAAAACAGGAAAAAACUCGUAAAACACCAAAAGGGCCUAGUUCUGUAGAAGACAUUAAAUCAAAAAUGCAAGCAAGUAUAGAAAAAGGUGGUUCUCUUCCCAAAGUGGAAGCCAAGUUCAUCAAUUAUGUGAAGAAUUGCUUCCGGACAACUGACCAGGAGGCUAUUCAAGAUCCUGGCAGUGGAGGAAGUCUCUUUAAGAAAAU